GCCACAAAAGCGCGCAUACGGCAUACACAAUAAUAAGCGGGAAGAAGUGGUGGUGGGGUCCAUGUCAUCUCCUCCUAAUAUCGCCUGACGUGGCAAUUAUUAAUCUCACGAAAUGGACGGCCGCUGCAAGAUAAGGACCGGAGACGACGGGCAGAGAGAGAGAGAAAGGAAAGAAGAAGGAAGAGAGCUGUAACGUAAACUCAACCAACAAACCAACUUCAUUAGACAGCCAAAUAGAGAGAAGAGAGAGAGAAAGCAUUUCCGAUUUGAUCUCUGCGUGUUCAAAGCUCACACAGUUCCCCCCCUUCUUCUCCUUCAAUCUUCGCUCUGUUUCUAUCUGGUGCGGAUUCAGAUUCCAUUUCGUCUGUCCGCGGCUUUACAUUCUCUCUAGAUCGAAUCGCGGGAGAGCAUGAUACGCCAUCUGCGCUGCUCGUCUUUCUGAAUCCCGAGAUGAGAGGCGCUACGACGGCCACUGUCGCCAACACCACCACCGUCGACACCGUCAACGCUGCCGCCACCGCCAUCGUCUCCGCCGAGACUCGCCUCCAGCAGCCCUCCGUUCCGAAAAGAAGAUGGAAAGGCUGUUGGAGUAUGUACUGGUGCUUUGGUUCCCAGAAAAGCAACAAGCGCAUUGGUCAUGCUGUCCUUGUACCCGAACCAGAAGCAUCACGAGUAGCACAACCUUCUCCCACCCAGACUCAAAUCCAAACUCACUCAACCACAGUUGUCCUUCCCUUUAUAGCUCCUCCUUCCUCCCCUGCUUCAUUCCUUCAAUCCGAUCCUCCUUCAGUCACUCAGUCACCUGGAGGGCUAUUGUCUCUUAAUUCUCUUUCUGCCAAUGCCUAUUCCCCUCGUGGACCUCCGUCCAUGUUUGCUAUAGGCCCUUAUGCGCAUGAGACUCAGCUAGUGACACCCCCUGUGUUUUCUGCCUUCACCACUCAACCAUCCACUGCUCCUUUCACCCCACCACCUGAAUCAGUUCAACUAACAACACCGUCUUCACCUGAGGUGCCCUUUGCCCAGCUUCUGACAUCUUCUCUUGAACGCGCUCGAAGGAACAGCGGGGGAACCACUUCAAAGUUUGGAUUCUACAACUAUGAAUUCCCUCAAAUAUACUCAGGAAGCCCCGGUGGUCAACUCAUCUCCCCAGGGUCAGUUAUCUCAAACUCAGGGACUUCUUCUCCUUUCCCUGAUAGACACCCGAUUCUUGAGUUCCGUACUGGGGAGGCUACUAAGCUCAUUGGGUUUGAGCAUUUUAAUACUCGCAAAUGGGGUUCCAGAUUGGGUUCUGGAACUGUGACCCCUGAUGGGGUGGGUCGGGGUUCAAAGUUUGGUUCUGGAACUGCAACUCCAGAUGGGGUGGGUUUGGGUUCAAGGCUGGGGUCAGGAACUGUGACUCCAGAUGGCGUGGGUUUGGGUUCAAGGCUUGGUUCAGGAACUGUGACUCCGGAUGGCGUGGGUUUGGGUUCCAGGCUAGGGUCAGGAACCACAACUCCAGAUGGAAUGUGGGUAGUGGGUCCAAGGCUUGGUUCUGGAACUGCUACUCCAGAUGGCGUGGGUUUGGGUUCGAGGCUUGGGUCUGGAACCGCGACUCCGGAUGGGAUGUGGGUAGUAGGUGGUUCAAGGCUUGGUUCAGGAACUGCAACUCCAGAAGGUGGUGGUCUGUAUUCAAGGCUGGGCUCAGGAGCCCUGACGCCAAUAUCUGUGGUUCCUGAGAACCUGGUCACUGAUAUUGCACAUCUUCCCCUCUUGGGAAAUGUUGCUAAAACCAACGAGACUAUAGUUGAUCACAGAGUCUCUUUUGAGUUGAGUGGUGAAGACGUAGCACGUUGCCUACAAAGCAAAUCUAUGGCUUCAAACAGAACCUUCCUAGAGCAUGACCGCGCCGAAGAAAAUCACUUCUCAAGAUGUGAAGGCUCUUUCAGAGUUGGGGAGACCUUCAAUGAGACACCUGGCAAAUCGUUGGCUGAAGCAGAAGAGGAGCCUAGCUACAGAAGGCAGCGGUCAGUCACACUUGGAUCAAUCAAAGAGUUCAACUUCGAUAGCUCGAAGGGAGAAUCCCUCGACAAUAAGCCUGCUGUCAGCUCGGAGUGGUGGGCUAACGAGACCAUUGCUGGGAAGGAAUCCAAACCUGCCGCCGAUGGCUGGACUUUCUUCCCAAUUCUACAGCCAGAGGUCAGUUAACAAUUUUCGUGACGCAUAUUAACCGAUGAACCUGCCACCCCUAUACAUGAACAACUAUAUAUCAGCUGUACUUUUGACUAUGACCUGUCAGAUGCAAGUCUGUAAGGCAAACCGUGUCAAAUCGGAUACAUGUUUUGCACAGAUAAAAAUACUCGCAAUGCCUCAAGGGACCUGUUUUGUAGGUAUGAUUGUUGAAAGUGUGGGCAAAUUUAUUUGAUUUUUUUUUGCUUCUGUUUCUCUCCCCCAUCUCUUUUUAGAGCUAUGUAUGUAUACAGCAUUAGAACUUGGGUACAUGCCUACAGCCUACAGGGUAUUAUUGAUCAUUCUGGAUUAGUUAUCCUGUUUUAUGAUGUGUAAUAAUCGAAAGGAAUGGUUUUUCGGUUUCGAGUUCUACCUUGUCAUCCUGUUUAUGAACUCCUUUUCCUUAAGAAACUCUCCCCUGCAAUUUCAUAUUUUGGUAAGACUGCAUGCCGUCUUUAGGAUCAUUCUGCAUCACCCAAUCGGUAUCUAAUACGCUGCGUGAAUGAUACCGAUUCAGUCUGUUCACCUGCCAUUUUAAGUCAUCUCUCAAGUUUCCAGGCA